GUGUCGGUGCUUCAGGCCCAGGUGGAUCAGUCCAGACGGAGUGUGACGGAGUUGAAGCGUAUGGCCCGCCGCGUGACCUCUGACCCAGACGCUCGAGUGCUGACCGACAGUCUUCAGGGUCGCAUGCACGAGCUGGAACGCAAGCAGAGGAGGUUUGACAGUGAGCUGACUCAGGCUCUGGAGGCUGCAGAUUCUGAGCGAGAUCAGAAGGACAGAGCGUUUCUGGAGAACACGGCGUUAGCAGCGGAGAUUUACACACUGCGACGCAACCUGCAGGAGAGCCAGGCUGAGGUUCUCCGGCUGCAGAAGCAGAAAGAGGAACUCUGCGCUCAGAUCCGGGACCUCAGCCUCCCGGUGGAUCUGGCCUCUGAUUCGCUGCCCGACCUCAAGAAGCAACAGCGCCUCCUGGAGGCCGAAGUGAGCGAGAAGAGGGAGGAGAUCUGCACGCUUUCUGCCAAGAUACAGAAGCAGCAACAGGUCCACAUGCGCUUUGAGAUGGAGAUGGAGAGGAUGAAGCAGAUGCAUCAGAAGGAGUUGGAGGAUAAAGAGGAAGAGUUGGAGGACGUGCACAAGUCUUCUCAGAGAAGGCUGAGGCAGUUGGAGAUGCAGUUGGAGCAGGAGUACGAGGAGAAGCAGAUGGUGAUUCAUGAGAAGCAUGACUUGGAGGGACUCAUAGCGACUCUGUGUGACCAGGUGGGGCACAGGGACUUCGAUGUGGAGAAGAAGUUGAGGCGGGAUCUGAAGAGGACCCACGCUCUGCUGGCCGACGCUCAGCUGCUCCUCUCCACCGUGGAUAACCCGGGUCAGAACUUCUCCAACGGCAGCAGAGAGAACAUAGAGAGGCUGCACUGCCAGCUGGAGGCGAGCGAGGCGGUGCGUCUGGAGGCAGAAAGUCUGCAGACGACUUUAUCUCAGGAGCUGGAGAACUGUCAGAUCGAGCUGGAGAACAUUUGCAAACAGAAGAGCAUGGUGGAUGAACAGUUGUCUAUACUCCAGCACGAGAAGGUGGACUUGCUGAAGAGACUGGAGGAAGACCAGGAGGAUCUGAACGAGUUGAUGAAGAAGCACAAAGCUAUGAUCGCUCAGUCCUCCAGCGAUAUCUCUCAGAUCAGAGAGCUGCAGGCGGAGCUGGAGGAGGUGAAGAAGGAGAGAUACGUCCUGCAGGAGGAGUUGCAGCAGCGUGUUUCCAGGGUGCAGUUCCUUGAGUCCUCCACUGUGGGGCGCAGCAUCGUCAGCAAACAGGAAGCCAGAGUGUGUGACCUGGAGAACAAACUGGAGUUUCAGAGAGGACAGGUCAAGAGGUUCGAGGUGCUGGUGUUGCGUUUGAGGGACAGCGUGGUGCGUUUAGGGGAAGAACUGGAGCAGAGCGCCGAGGCCGAGGCGAGGGAACGAGAAAACGCCAAAUACUACCAGCAGCGUUUGCAGGACAUGAGGGUGGAGGCGGAGGAUCUGGUCCAGAGAGAGCAGGGCAGCAGCCGCAGGCGCAUGGAGCUGGAGAUGCAGGUGGAGGAGCUGAGCGCCGUCAGACAGGCAUUACAAGCCGACCUUGAAACAUCGAUCCGUCGCAUCGUUGACCUUCAGGCGGCGCUGGAGGAAGUGGAGUCGAGCGACGAGAGCGACUCUGAGAGUGUGAGAACUGCUGUGACGUCCUUGGGUCAAAAGAAAGACCUCGACUCGGUCUCUAGCGUCGGGACAGAGGACGUUGGAGAGGGGAUCCGUCAUUGGUUAGGAGUUCCCAGAGGGGGGUCCCGUGGGGCGGGGUCUCCCAACGGCAGCAGUACCAUCAGCAGCCAGGGGGGGCGCCAGUCUUUGGCCGACACCAUGAGCACCAACAGCUUCAGGUCUUGUGAGAAUCCCGAUGAUGAUGACGGCUCUGAGUUGGGGGGCAGCAGGGCUGGAGGCAGCAGGGCUGGAGGGGGGGGCAGCAGGGCUCCGAGUCGGGCCCCCUCCUCCUCCGCCCUCUCAGAGCUGCUCGACGGCCUCCGGAGACGCAGAGCCGGCGGAGACGCAGACGACGGAGCCGGAAGCGCCGUCUCUCUUCCUGUUUAUCAAACGACCGCCGCCUCCACCCUCAGACGCCGAGCCUCCGCCCUUUCCCUCGGCCCCGGUGACCUCCAGGAGCCCCGAUCCAGCAUCCUCAAACCCCCGUCCCCGAUAAUGCCUCGCUCCAUCAGCGCUCGCUCCAUCAGCGACGCUCAAACACCUGGAGCUAAACUCUCUCGCUCCAACUCCAGCAGUGAUUCCCUCUCCGGCGUCCCGUCGCUGCCUCACCUCUCCUCUUUGGGGUCAAACCUCGCCUCCCGCCAUCAAACUCCCUCUCUUUGCAUCCCAGAAGAAGAUCCAGAUCAACCACAGCGACCCCGAACCACCUCCAUGCAGCAGCGCUCCCCUCAACCCCCGAGGAGGUGCAUGCUGGGGAGUCUUUCCACAGAAGAUGGAGGGGAAGCAUCCCUGGGUUCAGAACCGAUGGUGUUCCAGAACAGGAGGCUAAUGGAGGGUCGGGAAGACGCGGCGUUAGAUAUUCUGCCCGCCAUCCGGAGAGCGAAGUCCACCAGCAGCCUGACGGGAUCUGAGCGAGGAGGACGGAGGGCUCUGAGCGUUCACUUCGGAGAGCUGCCUCCCUCCACCCGGAGCAGGAAGGGAUCUGAAACGGACUCCUCGUCAUCGGGGAGUUCUCAGGACGGAGGAGGAAGAAGACGGAGGCUCGAUGGUCCGCAGGGAGAGAGGCUGGAGGCCGAGGGCAGCGAGGCGGGAGACGUGGCUUCCAUCAUGAAGAAAUACCUGAAGAAGGACACCGACUGAGAAGAGAAGAAGCGCUCUCAGCCUCUCUGUGUGAAAGCUCCACAGACUGAAGGCUGAACCAAAACACUUCAGAAGUCCACAAGGAGUGACUUUAACUAAGCCACCUGAAAAUACAUUUGCACUCAAUCAACUGUAUUUGCAGAUAAGAAACCGUUUGUAUUUGAAUAAAAAAAAGAACCCUUUU